AUGCACUUCACACAACUUUACCGAAGUGCAACUCCCAUGUGCCCUAUGCAACUCAGUAGCCACUCUGGACACUGGGUACGCCACUACUUUAAGAAAUCUACUGGGCUUGAUUGCUUGCCUGCCCCGCGCAGGCCUGAGCUAGAGUCGUUGGCUGUGACACUGUAUUGUGCGAACCUUCAUCACCACUACCCCACCCGUUAUAUGGAUAACUCAAUCCAACGUAGUCUCAACGACAAGCUCUACGACCGACGGAAGCUCGGCGCCCUCGAACUAGAGAAGGUAGUUCGGGAGUGCGUCGCGCACGAGGACCAUGAACGUAUUCGCCUCAUCAUCGACCAACUCUGCCACGAGUUCGCGUACGCCGUUCACCAACCGCAUGCGCGGAAUGGAGGACUGAUUGGCCUUGCUGCGGCGAGUAUCGCGUUGGGGCCUGAAGUCGCGAAAUAUCUGAAGGAGAUUGUACCCCCAGUGCUAGCAUGCUUUGCGGAUCAGGAUGCGAGAGUGCGGUACUAUGCUUGCGAGAGUAUGUAUAACAUCGCAAAGGUCGCAAAGGGCGAAAUACUCCCGUUCUUCAACGAUGUGUUCGACGCACUAUCAAAACUAGCCGCGGACUCCGAGCUCUCAGUCAAGAACGGUGCGGAGCUACUGGACCGCCUUGUAAAAGACAUUGUAGCAGAGUCGGCGCCCACCUACGUCUCCGUCCUGCAGUCUCCGGAGCAGAGCAUAAUAGACGACCAAUCCGACUCAAAUUCUCCCACCUAUGCUUCGGAAGCAGCCUUCAAGACUGCAUUCUCAUUGCCGCUGUUUAUUCCAUUACUGACAGAGAGAAUCCAUGUUAUUAACCCCUUCACCCGCAUCUUUUUGGUGUCAUGGAUAACUCUCUUGGACUCAAUACCGGAUUUAGAGCUAGUAACCUACCUCCCGAACUUCCUCGGUGGCCUCUUCAAGUUCCUCUCAGACCCCAACCAAGACGUCCACGUCGCCACACAGCAAGCCCUCGAGGGCUUCCUCGCCGAAAUCAAGCGUAUUGCGAGCGUAAAACGGAAUAUUGAAGAGUCUCGUAAAUCACGGACCAGAGAGCGGGCACGCAGUGAAGACGGUAGUGUCAAUGACGGCACCGACGAAGGCAUGGGCCGGCACCUCUCCGAAAAGCUCUCCCUCAGUGAUACAGGGGAUAAUACUAUUAUACCUGAUGACGAAAAGAGCGGUGCGGACGGCUCUUGGAUACCAGGUCAAGAUGUAGUUGUCGCGUACCAGAAGAUCUUGGAGAUUUUCAUUCCAUUCAUCGACUCAUCAGAGGAGGAGAUUCAACUUACUGCGUUGCGGUGGGUUGAUAACUUUUUCGAGAUAUGUCCAGAGGAUAUGCUACCCUUUGUUCCGCGAUUGUUGUCGCAUGUUCUUCCGGCUAUCGCGCAUGAAAUCGAGGUGGUACGCCAGGCGGCGCUGAAGGUUAAUACCAACCUACUAAAUCUAAUUAUGUCACUGAGUGAAGAGAGUGUGUCGCCGCCUAUGUCGCGGCAACCUACAAGGGAGAGUACAGGCAUGGGAGAGAGGAGCGGUAGCGAUAGGCGGGACUCUAUGCCGAGACAGUCCCUACCAAAGGAGUCGGAUUCAAUGGGAAGGCGUACACCGUCAAGUAUUCCGCCUGCACCGCCGACACCUAUCCCUCCACCAUCGCCCACUCCGCCGAAACAGGCGGAUCUGGAUUACUCGGCAACAGUUAACGCACUAACUCUGCAGUUUCUCAAUGAGCACGAGCAGACAAGGGUUGUGGCCCUAGAGUGGCUAUUAAUGCUACAUAAGAAGGCGCCUCGUAAAAUGCUCGCCAUCAACGACGGCACUUUCCCAGCACUUCUAAAAACUCUGAGUGAUCCCUCAGACCAAGUUGUAACCCGUGACCUUCAACUCCUCUCUCAAAUCAGUCACAACAGUGAAGACGACUACUUCACCUCCUUUAUGGUGUCUCUUCUUUCACUCUUCUCUACUGACCGACGGCUCCUCGAAACCCGUGGGAACCUUAUCAUUCGGCAUCUAUGCGUAAACCUAAACCCAGAGCGGAUCUACCGCACACUUGCAGACAUUCUUGAGAAAGACGAGGACGUAGAAUUUGCCAGUAUCAUGGUGCAGAACCUGAACAAUAACUUGAUCACGGCACCGGAACUAACGGAUCUGAGAAAACGGCUGAGGAGCUUGGAUACAAAGGAUGGCCAGACGUUCUUUGUGAGCCUGUUUAGGAGCUGGUGCCAUAAUGCCGUUGCAACAUUCUCGUUGUGUUUAUUGGCGCAAGCAUAUGAGCAGGCGUCGAACCUAUUGCAGAUCUUUGCUGAACUCGAAAUCACCGUUAAUCUUCUCAUCCAAAUUGACAAACUCGUUCAACUUCUCGAAUCUCCCGUCUUCACGUACCUCCGUCUGCAACUCCUCGAACCCGAGAAGCACCCUUACCUCUACAAAUGCCUCUACGGUCUUCUAAUGCUCCUCCCACAAUCAUCCGCCUUCGCUGCCCUCAAGAACCGCCUCAACAGCGUCAGCGCAAUUGGCUACCUUCACGUUGCUCCACGCGCCGCACCUCCAGAGCGCGAAAGGCCAGGGAGAUUAAAGGGGAAGGUGGACGACAUCAAAUGGGUUGAAUUGCUGGAAAAGUUCAAGAGUGUCCAGGAGAGGGCAAGAAGACAGCAGAUGUUUCAUGUUGGCGGCGGUGGUAAUAGUGGGGGCACGGGCACGCCACAGGUCAUGUCGCCGACAAGGUCGGGGACACCGGCAGCGGGGAAGAAUACCGUGGGGGCUGUGAGGCCUGGAGGGUCCGGUGGUUUGGGAUUGGGCGGAAGACUGGCUGCGGGGAGGAGGGGUGUCAGGAAAUGA